GCAAUUUAUUAAAUUACUGGACUGAUUAAAUAAGAAUUCACUAUUUAAUUCUCAAUUGCGGGAUCUAUCUGUCAGUCCGUUACGAUAACACAUCAAAAAUGAAGGUAUUGGUGUGUCUGAUGUUAGUCUGCCUGUCGUGGGUCAGCGCCAAUCUCAGCUGCAACUGCGGAUGGAGGAACACAGGCAGGAUCGUCGGUGGGAAGGAGACCCGUAAGAACGAGUAUCCUUGGAUGGUGUCUCUUAGCAACGGAUGUGGAGGAUCCAUCAUUACUCCAUAUCACGUGCUCACUGCUGCUCAUUGCACACAUGGAGAAAGACCCUCAGGGAUCACAGUUUCCGCCGGAAGACACUACCAAUACGGGCAAAACCCAAAUAUACAAGAACAUCGUGUAGCUAGGAUCGUUCAACACAGAGGUUACGAUGACGACAGCGACGCUUCUCUUGAUGACAUAUCUAUCCUUGUACUUGCUACUCCCAUCCGUUUCAACCAAUAUGUCGGCCCAGUGUGUAUGCCAAGCAGCAGAUAUAAUCUGUUAGGAAAGUUCAUCAAGGUUACAGGUUGGGGUCUGACCAAAGGCACAGGCAGCGAAAAUGCUCUUCGUGAGGUGGACGUCGAAGUCAUUUCCAACAGUGUAUGCAGACGUAGCUGGCCCCUACUCAACUCUCGCCCAACUCAGAUCUGCGCCUACACUCCCAAGAAGGACUCUUGCAACGGAGACUCAGGCGGUGCUCUGGUCUACCUGGACCCUGACACCAACAGGUACACCCAGGUGGCUUUGGUCUCCUAUGGACAUCCACAAUGUGGAAUAGUCGCCAAGCCAUCGGUCAACACUGAUGUGUUCGCAUACAUCGGUUGGAUCAAGCAGGCUAUUGCCCAAACCUACCCAAAAGAACAGAUCUGCACAAAAGUCUGAACUGGAGGUAACUAGAUUUUAACCAAUUUUUAUAUGAAAAUAAAAGAUAUUUCUAUUUAACAAAAUAACAAAAAAAAAAAAACUUAUGAAAUACUACCAUCAGUGACAGGUCGUUCCAACAUUCAACAAAAGAAACUAACUAGGAAA